AUGUACACGUGUACUCGUGUGAAGACUCGAGGUAUGUGUCUUUCACCUGUUAUGGAUGACGACUCAAUGUGGAAGCGCUAUCAGAACAGAGUAAUUCUAAAUAUACGAAGAAGUUGUUUGCGUUCUUCACCAUCCGACGUUUCACCUCCCAACCCACUAUGGAGCUCUGUCGGUUGUAACGCGAAAUACCCUCUGUUUUCCUGUCAGUCCGACUGCAAGAAGCGCGGUAGAGGGCUAGGCAAUUUGGUCCCUGUCAAUGCAGAACAUUUUCGACAUCCUAUCCUUCAGAGGCAUUGGAACAGUUGCGCAGUCGUUGGCUCAUCAGGCCGUUUGCUGAAAACUGAAUAUGGACGCCACAUUGAUGAUCACGAAAUUGUCGCCAGAAUCAACUACCCGCCAAUAAAGGGAUACGAAAAACACGUUGGAUCCCGACCUUCCGACAUCCAUUUCUUUGGAGACAAAGUAGAUAGAUGUUUCAACGAAAUCCACCCUGAGACCAAGCUGAUGGUUUUUCCUCUCCCGUAUGACUCAAACCGUAGAGACGUUUCUUUCAGAAGUUGCGACUCUAACAGAAAACUGCCGUUGUAUUCAAUUUCAAAUUAUAUCAUGAACUUUGCCAGAACGCUAAUUUACAACUAUUCACUAGCCCACCGUCCUGCCAAUGUCAAGGCGGAUAAGGUCAUAAACAAAAUGGCGUCGUCAGGUUUUCGGUCGGUUGUUUUCGCUAUGAUGCUGUGCAACCACGUCGAUGUGUAUGGAUUUGGACUGAGUGGAGAUAAAGAAGAGCCGGUUCAUUACUUUGAGAAAAGCAGAAACCACCAACUAUUUUUUAUGUAUCACUAUCCUAAUUAUGAAUUUGAGCUCCUAAGCCAUUGGCCAAACGCGACAUCGUCCGACUUCUAUCCCGGCUUUGGCAAAGUACGGGUGUUUACAUGA